UCGGGCUGACGCGGUUUUUUCGCAUCCGUACGAUAUCUCUGUGUUAUCACGUCACCCCCACCACCACCACUCGCACCGUGAAUAGAUUAAGUUUAAAUAAUUACGCGGAUUUUCGGGCCAGCUAAGUACAAUAAUUAUUUUAAACAAAUCAGUAACACUCUAUUCGCUUAAAGUGUAACAAGUGAGUUUCAUUCUAAAGGACAAAAAAUGUCGGGCGAAAUUGAAACUAUCUCUGCGACUCGUGGUGAACGCGCGAGAAAAAAUUUACAGUUUAUCGUGCAGCCGCCUAACGAUUUAAUCGAUACCACAAACUUUGUCAUAGACUUUGCGGGACGGAAAUCCAUCAACAUCGGACUCGACGUCGCGAACGUAUUCAACGUGGCCGUACAGAUUAUAACGCCGUCUCGCCAUGUAUGCAUAACAAGUGUUUUUCUGCAACGAAUUUUCUCACUUGUGCCGUACAUACUCUCAAAUAUAUCCGACCCGUCGGUUAAAAGCCGCGAUAGACUUAUUCUCAAAGACGAAAAUAACACGCUGUCCAGAACCACUUAUCGCGGCGAAGGGAUGCUAGCCGUCGAAUCGCACUUACAACAAGGAUGUCGCGUGUUGUUGAGCGGGAGCGAUCUAUUAAGAAUACACGAGAUGCAAUGGGCCAUCGGCGAAUCGAUCUCACGCAAAUCUAACAUCACGCGAUGCGCAGUUAUGGUUCAGAUCGAUCAGAUAGCUACUUAUCUAAGUACAAAUGUCUAUGCAGAUAAAUCGUCGACCGCAGAAGAAAUUUCAACAGCCACUCACAAUAUCCACCCCGAUCUCCUCGCGUUGAAUAUAUUCCCGAAUAGCGAAAACAGUUUGGUAAAUCAGAUCAAAUUGUAUGCGAACGAACAGUUGGCGAUGUGUUGGGCGACUAAUAUUCAAAAUAACGGAAUAGAUUACAUCCCGAGCAAUGACGCGACGCCCGCCGACAUUGAAGAGCUUAUAGGAUUCCACGAAAACGAGGGGCCGGCCAUGUAUACAUAUUAAGAAUAAUGGCGUCCAUAUGUCCGACCUCGACAUUCCGAAUGCUGACCAGGGCUAAUAAUAUUCAGAUGAAACACAUGUAUUAUGAUAUACAAAUAUAUAUAUAUAUAUAUAUGUACCAUCUGCU